AUGCCAAAUAUGAAUGGAUAUGAGUUAUUAGAUGUGUUAAGAUCCAAUGAAAAAACUCAACUAAUUCCCAUAAUAUUAUUAUCUGCAAAAGCUAGUGAAAAUUCUAAAGUCACGGGUCUGGAUAAAGGAGCAGAUGACUAUUUAGUAAAACCAUUUUCUGCUCGAGAGUUAAUUACCCGUAUUCGGUCUAAUAUUAAGCUCUCACUUAUUCGGCGUGAAAUAUUAUUUCAAAGAUUUGAACAAGAAAAAACAAAACAAUUACUACUUUCAAUAUCGAAUAUGAAUCUUUUCGAAUCAGAUCUAAAUGAAAGGUUACUAUAUGUCAUCAAAGAAAUCUAUCAAAGAUUACCAUGUGAAAGAAUAUUUAUUAUUUCAAAAGAACGAUCUAAAUCUAAUAAUAAUAUAGUUGCUUUUUAUGAAAACUCGGAAAAUAUAACACGAAUGAUUAAUCCAUUCAUGGAAAUUAAUAAUAGAAAGAAAUCUCAAAUAUUCUCUAAAUUACAAGAAUAUUUAAAUAAUAACUCGGGAAUAGAUAUUUCCUUGGAUGAAUAUAGUGAUGUUGCUCUUAAAAAUGUAUCAGUAUUAUCAGCGAAAAUAAUGUUGAAUAAUGGCUUUUGGGGAUGUAUUAAAGUGCAUAGGUCUCCGAAUUCUAUUUGGCUUGAUUCAGAAAUAGAAUUAUUCCAACAAAUAUCGGAUCAAAUAAGUUUAGCUAUUACUUACACAACAUUAUUAGAAGAGAAUGCCGAAAAAGAAAUUCAAAUAAAAGCUGCUGAAGUUGCCAAUAUUACUAAGAAUCAAAUAUUAGCCAAUAUUUCUCAUGAAUUACGAACCCCAUUAAAUGCAAUGGUGGGUAUCCUUUCUUCCUUUGAUAGGUCCACCGUUACAGCUGGUCAAAGCGACAUGAUUGAUAUCAUGACAUGCACAUCUGAUAUAGUGAUAUCUAUUGUAAAUGAAAUUGUUAAUGCAGCAAAGUUAGAAGAACAAAAAGUCAUUUUAAUAAAUAAAACAUUUGAUUUAUUAGAAUUAUUUGAGAAUACUAUUGAAGAAUUUGAAAAGCAGGCUGGAGAUAAAAAUAUUGAGCUAAUUAUGAAUGUUGAAAUUGAAGCUAUACCGAGAUAUGUUAAGAGUGAUUCUGAAAGGGUUAAAUUUACCGAUCAUGGUAAAAUUAUAUUAACACUUUCCACGCAAUCACAAGUUAAUGAUGAAAUAAUAGGAGGUCAAAUUGUUAAAAAAGAAAAUCUAUUGAUUGAAUUGUAUAAUACUGGCAUGAAGAAAAAUUUUUCGCAAGGUGACAUGUCAGAAAUUAAAAAACAAGAUGAUACAGAACUUGCCCUCUCAAUUUGUAAAAGUCUUGUAGAACUUAACGGAGGAGAAAUUAAUGUAGAAAGUAAAUUGGGAAAUGGAAGUAAAUUUUGGUUUACGUGGAAUGUUGAGACAUUAUCAAUAAUUGAGGAUGUGAGAAAUGCAAUGCUGAAAUAUCUUAAAAUAAUUGAAAAAGUUGAUGUAUUCGAUACCUUUGAUGAAGGUAUUAGAGCAGCAAGAAGAUAUAAAGAAUUGCAUAAUCGACUUGCUUAUGAUAUAGUAUUUAUUAGCCUUUAUGAAAAUAACUAUGAAGAGGUCUUGAAUGCAUCAUUAAAAUUAAGAGGAUUAGAAAUUAAUAGCAAGAAUUUAUUAAUAAUAUUUAUAGUAUUGCCGAAUAAUGAAGGAUAUAAUUUGGCAAAAAAAUUAAUCGAAAAAGUUGAAGGGGCAACUUCAAUCCUUUAUACACCAAUUACAUUAAAAAAAUUAAUUAAUCAAUUUACGAAUAUCGAUAUUGAAAAAAGAUGA